CAGUUGAGAGUUUGGGGUGUACAUCAAGACUACUGCUGAAUAUUAUAACCACUAGAGGUGAGGUGUAAGGCGAGUGCUCUGAUCUGAGGCACUCGAUGGAUAUUUAUCAUUAGAUCAGGAGAAGGUGUUAGCCAUCCAAGAAAUUUCAGUAGCGUUCAACAAGAUAUUUAGAUAAUGGCAGAAUCUUUGGAAGACAAAAUCCUACACAGCAGCAAUGGCAGGCCGGAAUAUACAUGCUGGAGACCGUCUUCACUCUACUCACUCUCAGUAACUGAGCUGGAUUAUGAAGAGGUUCAUGAUAUACAGAGAACGGUGCACUUAGAAGAUUUUCAAGAUAUAAUAAAAAAUUCCACAAUGAUACCACAUUCCCUAACAGAACUGUCUCACACACAUUUGAUAAAAAUACUGCCUGAUGUACAGGGGCUCUGGUAUAGUAGUAGCCGCCCAGAUAAAGGUCAGAAUAACUGGUACGGAAAUGUGAGUCUUCAAGUCAAUUUCAGACAGUUUCUUCAGAUGCUGAAAAGUUAUAAUAUCUAUUUCAGUGAAAUUACUGAUUAUAAUUCAACAAGUGCAUCGAGACUGUUGAUAACAAACAAAAAUCUGCCGUUACCUAGCUACGACCCUAGCAAGUUGGGAGGCCCAUGGUACUACGAUGGUAAGAAAGAUUGGUUCCUAACUGAAUGUCGCAGAUAUGACGGUAGAUGUAAUUUCAAUGGUCAUAACGUUGAAUUGUUACUCUCUCUCUCUGACACUCAAUAUGCUUCUUUGUUACAUGAAUCAAAGAUAGUCGCCGUUAACCAUUCUGAAGCUAACAGUACGGAGAAGCAUAAGUGUAAGAAACACAGGUCAGGUACAAGGUGGACUACGUGCCCUUCUUAUUCAGCAGAGAAAACGAGCGAAAUAUUAAGUUAUCUAAACGAAGAUAUAUUAUAAAUUUGUAUUUUAUGAUUAUAUUAUAUAGGAAUCGCUAGUCCCAUACGGCUCAUAUUAUGCCAUAGGAAUGCGAGGUAAUUAGAUUUGAUCCGAGGAAGCAAAAGGCAGUUCUAUUUCUCUGGUAUCCCCCAAAGGGGAUACUAGUUAGAACAACUUUGAAAGUUAACUUGAUUUAUUUCAUAUUAUUUUAUGCAUUCUUUGACUACGUGUUUUUAAUAAGUUUAGAGAAAGUAUAAGUAUGCUCUCGAGUUUAGAGGAAAAGUAUAAGUAUGCUCUCGAGUUUAAAGGAAAAGUACAAGUAUGCUCUCGAGUUUAAAGGAAAAGUACAAGUAUGCUCUCGAGUUUAAAGGAAAAGUAUAAGUAUGCUCUCGAGUUUAAAGGAAAAGUAUAAGUAUGCUCUCGAGUUUAAAGGAAAAGUAUAAGUAUGCUCUCGAGUUUAAAGGAAAAGUAUAAGUAUGCUCUCGAGUUUAAAGGAAAAGUAUAAGUAUGCUCUCGAGUUUAAAGGAAAAGUAUAAGUAUGCUCUCGAGUUUAAAGGGAAAAAAUAUAAGUAUGCUCUCGAGUUUAAAGGAAAAGUAUAAGUAUGCUCUCGAGUUUGAAGGAAAAGUACAAGUAUGCUCUCGAGUUUAAAGGAAAAGUAUAAGUAUGCUCUCGAGUUUAAAGGAAAAGUGCAAGUAUGCUCUCGAGUUUAGAGGAAACGUACAAGUAUGCUCUCGAGUUUAAAGGAAAAGUACAAGUAUGCUCUCGAGUUUAGAGGAAAAGUAUAAGUAUGCUCUCGAGGAGAGGUGACCCAACUUUUCACUUCACCAACUUCUUCAUAAAGUUUCUCAUUGUUUAUCGACUCUCAAACAUUUACUAUAAUAAAAUAAUUUAAUAAAUAGUACUUUAACAAAUAGUACUACGAAUAAUAAUAAUAAUAGAUAAUAAUAGUAAUAACUUCACAAAAAAGAGGCGAUAUAUAAAUUAUGAAAAAUACAAGAUUUAACAAAACCUCGUUUUACUGAAGCUAUUGAUAUAAUUAACAGGAAGGAAACAUCUGGCGAGUGUCAACAAGGUCACUGAUGUUUAGUUGGUGAUUGUUGAGUUAUAAUGGUUAGUUACCAGGCUCUUCCAGGUCCAGUCUGUUCCCUUGCUUAGUUACAAAUACAUUUGCAUGGCUAAAACCAGUUUCAACGUUGUACUGACUUACCCUUUUGACCCCCAAUCAUUUAUCGACCCCUUUAAUAGUCCCGUAGAUCCUUAAGUGUCAAUAUUGACCACUUUGGGGACCCCUGAGCCAGAAUUUAGGGUUUAGGAACAACAGUAUGACAGUAUCAUGUACAUAACGUGUAUCUGAAAUAUUUUUAAAGAUUGUAUAUUCGUAUGGAAGACCUAAAUCAGUAGGGGCAGUGAAUCACCAUCGUAAAGGAAGAUGAUCAGGUUUGAGAAAAGAGAGGAGAGCUCCACUUUCUUAAAUCAAGAGCCCUUCACUAGCAUCAAGACUCUCCCCCCCUCGCCCAGAUGAUGGAUACAUCAAGAUCAUUUUUAUAUUAAAACUUAUGUACGACAUAAAAAUUAAGUACCAAUUUUAAAGCAUGUGUAUGUAUGAAGUAGCACUUACGUAGCAGUUACGUAGCUUAUGUAGCAGUUGCGUAGCACUUACGUAGCAGUUACGUAGCACUUAUGUAGCAGUUACGUAGCACUUAUGUAGCAGUUACGUAGCACUUAUGUAGCAGUUACGUAGCUUAUGUAGCAGUUACGUAGCACAUAUGUAGCAGUUACGUAGCUUAUGUAGCAGUUACGUAGCUUAUGUAGCAGUUACGUAGCACUUAUGUAGCAGUUACGUAGCUUAUGUAGCAGUUACGUAGCUUAUGUAGCAGUUACGUAGCACUUAUGUAGCAGUUACGUAGCUUAUGUAGCAGUUACGUAGCUUAUGUAGCAGUUACGUAGUACUUGUGUAGCAGUUACGUAGUACUCGUGUAGCAGUUACGUAGUACUCGUGUAGCAGUUACGUAGUACUCGUGUAGCAGUUACGUAGUACUCGUGUAGCAGUUACGUAGUACUCGUGUAGCAGUUACGUAGCACUUAUGUAGCAGUUACGUAGCACUUAUGUAGCAGUUACGUAGUACUCGUGUAGCAGUUACGUAGCACUUAUGUAGCAGUUACGUAGUACUCGUGUAGCAGUUACGUAGUACUCGUGUAGCAGUUACGUAGUACUCGUGUAGCAGUUACGUAGCACUUAUGUAGCAGUUACGUAGUACUCGUGUAGCAGUUACGUAGCACUUAUGUAGCAGUUACGUAGUACUCGUGUAGCAGUUACGUAGUACUCGUGUAGCAGUUACGUAGCACUUAUGUAGCAGUUACGUAGUACUCGUGUAGCAGUUACGUAGCACUUAUGUAGCAGUUACGUAGUACUCGUGUAGCAGUUACGUAGUACUCGUGUAGCAGUUACGUAGCACUUAUGUAGCAGUUACGUAGCUUAUGUAGCAGUUACGUAGUACUCGUGUAGCAGUUACGUAGCACUUACGUAGCAAAUAUGUAGAAAUCAUGUAGAAAUCACAAUAAAAAAAAAUAAAAAUUACCAGCC